GAAUUGCUCCGAGUCCAACUCGCUCGUGUCUCCCACUUGUUUCUUUCGAUCAUCUUCCUCACCUUCAUUAUCACACCAAGCCGAAUCAGAAUCAGAAGAAAGAUGCCUUGCCUUUAUAUCUCCACCAACGUCAACUUAGACGGAAUCGACACCGAUCCUAUCUUCUCCGAAGCUACUUCCACUGUCUCCUCCAUCAUCGGAAAGCCCCAAAAAUAUGUGAUGGUGAUACUGAAGGGGUCGGUGCAGAUAUCAUUUGAGGGGAACAAGGAACCAGCAGCGUACGCGGAGAUAGUGUCGAUGGGAGGCAUAGACUCGCAAGUGAAGAAGGAGCUCAUCGCUUCCAUUGGAUCCAUUCUCCAAUCUAAGCUCUCUAUUCCAAGAACAAGAUUCUUCCUCAAGCUUUUCGACACUACUGCUUUUCGCAACGCCUCCAAAUUGUGAUCGCUUUUUUAGUUUGUGACACUUACACUCUUUGUCUCUCUCUGCCUCGCUCACUCAAUUUCUCCACCACAUUUUUUUUCUUUAACAAGAAUUAGACUUGGAGAUACAUCCAUCCAUUCACGAGGCCCCCAUCAUUAAUAAUUAUACUCUAGUCUACUUAAAUAAUAAUUAUCAUUAUUACAGAAAAUAUGAUAAUAGUUCUCUAUGCUUUUAAUUGCAUUUUGUUUUUAA